GUUGGGUUUCCGAGAAAAGCAAAGUUAAGAAGAGACGGUUUUAAACAAUUCCAAUUUUCUGAGAAAAGAAGCACAGGGAGAGAGAAUCCUUGGCUAGAUUGGGAUGACUAUAAGUUCUAAGAUCCAGGUUGGGAUGUCUAUAGCUCUAAGAUCCAGGUUGGGAUGACUAUAGCUCUAAGAUCCAGGUUGGGAUGAAGAGAAGUUAAAAUGUUCUAAAAUAGGAGAACCUGAAACCGCCACAAGUUGUAAACAAAAUGUCUGAAAAGAAGCUCGAAAUAGAUUGGAAAAAUCAUAAAUAAAUUAUAAUCCUGCCAGACUCAAGGAUUUGUAGGAUCUAGAAAACUGAGAUAUAAAAAGCAAUUUUACAAGGAACACAUAAUGAUGAAGGACUGGAUGAAAGAGUAAGGUUUCCGUAAAAAUGUAUUUUCUCUGGAUACUGAUUUGGGUCUGGAUACCCUUGAAGGGCUGCGGGGGUCUCUCUAAUACCUCCCUACAGAGCCGCCUGGUGGGAGAAGUGAGCAACAUUAGCGUUCCGGUCGGUUCAUCAGCACAGUUUACCUGCCUUCAACUUUACCUCAAGGGAAACAAUAUAGUCUGGAGAAGAGGGUUUGAGAUCCUUGCUACGGGUACACUCAUGAUCACAGCUGAUCCUAGAGUAAGUGUAGUUUCUGAGGGAGGACGGAGUCUCCUCUCCCUAGCUGGAGUAGAACCUGGAGACUCAGGAGAAUAUGUUUGUCAGGUUUCUACAAUUGGGAAUCCAAUCUCUACAUCUUUCUUUCUUGAUGUCCAAGUUUCUCCUUCUGUUGCUCCGGUUCCAAGAUCUGGAGUUGUCAUCAUGAAGGAGGGAGAGAGUGUCGAGCUGUGCUGUAAUGUAUCCGGGAACCCUACUCCACAAGUGACCUGGAGCAGGGAUGACAUUCGUCUCGAACCUUCAUCGCCUUCCUCGUUCUCCUCCUCCUCCUCCUCCUCCUCCUCUCCCCCCUUCUGCUCCUCCUGUCUCCGCAUACUAAAUCUGUCUCCUAUGGAUACUGGAACCUACACCUGUUCUGCGGAGAACGGAAUCCCUCCCCGAACCUCAGCUCAGAUAAAUCUGAGAGUGGAGUACCCUCCAACGAUUGUUGUUAGAGAAGAUAGUUUCGCUACGGGAAUCCAACAACAGGUUACAUUAACCUGCACCGUGGACGGAGCACCAACUCCAACCCUAAUCUGGCAGUUUCAAGAUCGUGCUCUCCCAGAGCACUCGGAGAUAUCGGAGCAGGGUUCAACUCAUUCUCUCCAUAUACCGAGAAUCUCGGAGACACAGUUCGGAAACUAUUCAUGUUUAGCGCGGAAUAACCUUGGAUCUUUCAAGAAAUAUAUUGAGGUGCACGGGAGACCAGGUCAAGUUGAUCUUGUCUCCGAUCCAUGGAGAUCCGGAGAAACCUAUCAUCACGUGACCUGGUCCUUACUCAGCUACUCUCCUGUUACAGAGUAUAGACUUCUAUAUAGGAUUGUUAGCAAGGGGAACGAUGAGGAAGGAUCUGGAAGUGAUUGGACCAACGUUAUCAUACCUGGAGCCCAGCAGACCCAUUCACCAUACCUGAACGUAGAUUGGACUCUUCAGAACCUAGUUCCACACUCUACUUAUGAAUGUUUAGUUCAGGCUAGGAACAAGUAUGGUUGGAGUAUCCCCAGUUCAAGGUUCCCUUUCUCCACCACUAACUCAGUAUACAAGAGUGCUUCUACCCAGAACAUAGGGAAGAAUUUGUUCAUCUCCAGAUCCACAGCAGGAACUAGUUUAGCGUCGUCAACCUGUAUCCUGGUCCUUUUAUAUACAGUUUAGUGUCCUCAACCUGUAUCCAGGUCCUUUUAUACACAGUUUAGUGUCCUCAACCUGUAUCCAGGUCCUUUUAUACACAGUUUAGUGUCCUCAACCUGUAUCCUGGUUCUUUUAUUUACAGUUUAGUGUCCUCAACCUGUAUCCUGGUUCUUUUAUACACAGUUUAAUGUCCUCAACCUGUAUCCUGGUCCUUUUAUACACAGCUUAGUGUCCUCAACCUGUAUCCUGGUUCUUUUAUACACAGUUUAGUGUCCUCAACCUGUAUCCUGGUCCUUUUAUACACAGCUUAGUGUCCUCAACCUGUAUUCUGGUUCUUUUAUUUACAGUUCAGUGUCCUCAACCUGUAUCCUGGUUCUUUUAUAUACAGUUUAAUGUCCUCAACCUGUAUCCUGGUCCUUUUAUUUACAGUUUAGUGUUCUCAACCUGUAUCCUGGUCCUUUUAUACACAGUUUAGUGUCCUCAACCUGUAUCCUGGUUCUUUUAUAUACAGUUUAGUGUCCUCAACCUGUAUCCUGGUCCUUUUAUAUACAGUUUAGUGUCCUCAAUCUGUAUCCUGGUCCUUUUAUAUAUAGUUUAAUGUCCUCAACCUGUAUCCUGGUCCUUUUAUACACAGUUUAGUGUCAUCAACCUGUAUCCUGGUCCUUUUAUAUACAGUUUAGUGUCCUCAAUCUGUAUCUUGGUCCUUUUAUACGCAGUUUAGUGUCCUUAACCUGUAUCAUGGUCCUUUUAUACACAGUUUAGUUCAAAGAUCCUAAUUUUAUAAAUUUAAUACUUCGAAAUAAUCUUUUGCCUGGGUCAAACCUUAACGUAAUUUGCAGUUAAACCUUUCUAUUUAUCUUAGAAUCGAUCAAAUGUCCAGGUUCUAAUUACUACACUGAGUUAUUUGGUAUUAUAAGAAACCUAUCAUUAUAAUUGCAUUAUAAUUGUAUCUGGAAAAAUAAAUUUGAUUUAUAUCAACUCUA